AUGUCUCCGGCUUAUCGUAUGCCACCUGGCAUUGUGGUACUUUGGCUAGGCCUCCUCGUAAUGCUUCUAGCAUGUGUAGAGGCAUACGAGGAAAUAUCAGAUAGGACGUUAACCGAACUUUUACGGCCCAAUAAUGACUUUGAUAUUCACAACGGCGCUCUGUUGUCACCCAUACUAAGGACCCGCGUUCCUGGUACACCCGGCUCCACUGCAGUGCUCAAUCACUUCGCCGACUUUUUUCGGACCACAUUGCCCAAAUGGACCAUUGAGGUUCAAAACUCUACAGCCAAAACACCACUCUCGAAGGGGAAGGAGGUACCUUUCCGAAACUUCAUCGCUACUCGCGAUCCUCCAUGGGCUUCGGUUGGGGACGUUGGCCGGCUCACUCUUGUCGCCCAUUAUGACAGCAAGAUCGAACCGAAAGGCUUUAUCGGUGGAAUCGACAGUGCUGCACCAUGUGCGAUGAUUAUGCAUGCCAUGCGCAGUAUUGACGCCGCCUUGGAGAAGAAAUGGUCCGCAUUGCAGGAGCAGGGACUGCACAUCUACCUCGAAGAGGAGCGGGGUCUCCAGGUUAUCUUCUUGGACGGUGAAGAAGCAUUCAAAGAUUGGACUGCCACUGAUUCUCUCUAUGGAGCUCGUGCCCUGGCUACACAUUGGGAUGACCAAGUCUAUCCCGCAAUGUCGGAGUUCAGGAGUCCCUUGUCGUCGAUAUCUCUUUUUGUCCUCUUGGAUCUGCUCGGCUCGAAAUCGCCUACGAUCCAGUCUUACUAUGAGACAACCCACUGGGCUUAUCAAAGCUUGGGCGCCCUAGAAAAACGGUUCAAGACAUUGAAGCAGUUCAAGUCCGCAUCUGCUGAUCCAUGGUUCGUCGAUACCGAGAAGGAUGGACACAAGCUCACAGCAACGGGUGGCAUACAGGAUGACCAUAUUCCUUUCCUAGCAAAGGGGGUAGAGAUCCUACAUCUCAUUGACUUCGCACCUUUCAAGGGAUUCCCUUCUGUUUGGCAUACAAUCGACGAUGACGGUGAAAAUUUAGAUUUGAAUACUGUCGAGGACUGGAGUAUGCUAGUUACAGCUUUCGUUGCUGAGUGGAUGGAGUUGGAAGGAUACUUUGGUCAUCCAUCGGCCCCCAGUCCACGCAAUGACAACGAAUCUGCCAAGUUGGAAGCGCUUCGCACAGACAGGAAGACUGACUUGUAA